CCUGAUCCAUGAAAAAUAUUGCCGUAAUUGCACUUCUCGUAUAACCUAUUUUAUUCAAAUGCUGUAGAUUUUUAAAGUUUCAAAUAUUUGUUUUAAACGCAGAAGGCGCAUUUAAUACUAAGUAAAUGGAGGGACAAAAAUGGAGCAAGAGCAAGCAGCAAAGAAGUAAACAUAUUAAAGAUCAACAUAAAAAAAAACCUCAUGCCGCAGUUGAAUCGACACAACCGACAAAGGAUUUAAGCUCUCGAACAGUGGCUGGCAAAAAACUAUCAAAGGAGGACUAUGAUUACCGAAAAUCUGAUAAGUCUCAAUUUGAACAUUUGAAAAGGGAAACCGAGGAAAUUGAUGAAAGAUUCGGAGAGCAGUCUCACAGCGCAAAGCAUCGACUACUAGUGUCUAAUUGGAAUAAGUAUGAUAACUUUGAUACAGAUGAAGAAGAGCAACCUAAGCAGGAUUUUCAGUUUCUUGCAAAUGAAAACGUUUCGGCCAGUAAUCAUUUUGUAUUCAACUACGAGAAAACAUGGAACUUUGAGACCCCUAAGUACUCUGAGUACUUCUCACUCAACACGGAAUGGCUGUCCACCGUCUUUGAUUGUAUUCCUUUCUAUCACUACGUGAAAGUGCCAGAAACUUAUUUCACUGAUGAUCAGCUGACAAAAAUUCACAACAAAGCUGAAAAUGCAAAGAAGGUUUACUUGACUAUGUUAAAUAAUAUGGAAAAUGUAGACGAUAGUCAGAAAACAGAAAAUGCUACAGUUGACAAUUUGGUCGAUUCUGAUGGAGAAGUGGAAACGCUUAUUAUACCUCAACCAGUGACACCUGUUGAAAAAGAUACAAAAGUUGCAGACUUGGAAGAAGAUCUAGAUUUUUUAUUAACUCUUGAAGAGCCCGUUAAAACCACUCCCAUAGCUCUUUCACAGUCUGUACAUACUCCCUCCUCUGAAGAUACAAGAAACUAUCCUGGAUCGUCAACCAAAUCUAUUGAUCUGGAAAAAUGGCUAGACUCUGUGUUAGAUGAUUAAAUUCUUCAGGCUGCUAUAACAGCUAAAGUACGAAACGUGCCUUUAUACUGUCCUUGUGAACCUUGUAUUCGACUUUUCACCACGUCAAAUGGAAUAUUCAAGCAUGACGCCAUAGUACCAGAUGUGAAACCAAUGCCAACCUAAAAACCAAUGAAAUUGAAAUUUCUGCCAAAGGAAAAAUAUUUAGAAGUUGGAAGCGAGUCUUUACCAGAUCCAUAGGAUGCAUGAUACAAACUUCAACAAAACCAGCUGAUCCUCCAGCACCGAUUUGGAUCGCAGCUUGUUUCAGUAAACCACUCGACACAGCUUUUUCUUGUAAAUUACUUGGGUAUUUUAUGUCACGAGUUUUAUAUGCGAUAUAAUUACGUGAAAACGGGACUUUACACAAGAUUUGAACGUAUAA